AUGGAUAUGGUGCAGACUAGGGCUAUUCGCCGUGUUCUAUCGGGCCACUCAAGCCAGACAGCGUGUAACGAGAGGGAUUGGAGAGAUGUGACAGACCCAAUCGAAAGGAAGAGGCGACAGAACCGACUACGGCAGAAGGCAUGGCGCGAAAGAAAGAAGGCUACUAGCCACGUAGACAAAUUGACUCGAGAUGACUUUUCAUGGGAAGGUUAUGGCAUGCUCGUUGUCGGCGACCAGCAUGAGGCUAUAGUCAAGCCGACUACGCAUUCGUCGAGCCAGUCUACAUUCCUAAUUCCGGCAAGAGUGACAGAUCACAAGACAUGCAACAAACACAAAGUCAUACCUCCGCUUCUACCAUACACAACAUAUGCUACACCCGAUGACCCUCCACCUCAAAUCAUCUUCCCGCUCUCCGCAGAUCACUGUCUCAUCACCCUGGUUCAGUACAAUGUAAUUCGCGCCAUGAUCUUCAACAUGGCUAUUCUAUCACUUCUCGAUCAUCUCCCACAUGGAUGCACCAGCACUUUCAACGUACCUUCUCUCGGCGUUGUUGCGGAUAGAGCCAUUCCACUGGAUCUUCGUUUUACUGCCCUGCAGCAAUCUACGCCUCAUCCAUAUUGGAUUAGCGUGAUACCUGUUCCGAGACUGCGGGACAACUUGAUCCUAUCAGCCGGAAGGUAUGAUGAGCAUGAAUUUUGCUUUGAUCUCGGGUUGAGUCUCUACGAAGGCUUCGAUGAUAUAGAGAGACGCGGGUUGCUGGUCUGGGGUCAGGCAUGGUGUGGACACGGCUGGGAGGUCAGUGAGAGCUUUUUAAAGAAAUGGGGAUUCCUGCUCAAGGGCUGCUCGGAGCUGAUUGAGUCGACAAACCACUGGAGAGAACUACGAGGAGACGACAGGCUUGUUGACGCGGUGUAA